GGAUCUCUUGAUCCAGAACUCGAUUGUGAAGAGAGGCUCGUUUCCACAUUUUUCGUGGAAUCGGGUUGUCAUUUGACGUCGAUGGUCAGAAGUGGGUCCAUCCAAACGGUUGGUUGGGCCCUUCGAAUUCAUUGAGCUCGGUUCGACACCAAUGGAGGUGCCGGUGCAGACGGGAUUGUCCGAGGAUAACCACGACCGCAAGCAUUAGCGGCGGGACGAAGAAGACGAAGACGGCGAGGAGGACUCGAGGAGCAUGGAGACAAGCGCGUCCGUUGCCGGCAUUGCGCGGAAGAUAGCCGUCUUGGGAAGUGGAAUAUCGGGAGCGGUAUGUGCCUCCGCAAUCGCCAAGAACGGAAUCUCCAUCACCGUCUUCGACGCCGCCCGAGGUCCCGGCGGUCGCAUGUCUCAAAGAAGAGAAACUACUGGGGAUGGAAAGGAGCUUUUGUUCGACCAUGGCGCUCCUUUCUUUACCAUGAGCAACUGUUCUGAGGCCCUCGGUCUAGAUCGUGAAUGGGAAUCGAGAGGCCUUAUUGCUGAGUGGAAGCAAAAGUUUGGUUCAUUCGACUGCAUCGCCAAAACAUUCACGGAGACGGAGCAGGAAGGAUCUAAUAAGAGAUACGUUGGUGUUCCUGGAAUGAACUCUAUCUGUAGAGCAUUAUGCCAUCAGCCAGGUGUGGAAAGCAAGUUUGGGGUUGGUAUUGGGAGGGUGGACUGGUUGGAAGAAGAAAAUAUCUGGAGGUUGACCAGUUUGGAUGGGCAAAACCUCGGGCAUUUUGAGGGAGUGGUUGCAUCGGAUAAAAACAUUGUUUCUUCAAGGUUUACAAGCGUAACAGGAAGACCGCCGCCUUUAGACCUAAAUUUGGCUCCUGAUUUAGGGAACAGGGUGCAAGAUAUUGCAGUCAGUCCUCGUUUUGUAGUCAUGCUAGCAUUUCCAGAGCCUCUGUCUUGGUUGGCUUGGGCAAUAAUGUUAAUAUUUCAGAUACCUUUUAAGGGUUUCUCAAUCAGGAACUCCAAAGUCUUAAACUGGGCUCAUUGUGACAGCUCCAAGCCAGGGCGAUCUACUGCUAGUGAAAGAUGGAUACUGCAUUCGACCGCGGAGUAUGCAGAGACAGUAAUUGCAAAAACUGGACUCAAGAAACCUUCGGAUGCAAUAUUGACAAAGGUAGCUGAAGAACUGUUAGAGGAACUGCAGAACAUGGGAUUGAAUAUACCUCAGCCUUUCUUUAAGAAAGCUCAUAGGUGGGGAAGUGCAUUUCCUCUAACAAGUGUGGCUGCGGAAGAGAAGUGCCUAUGGGAUAAGAAACGGAGGCUUGCUAUUUGUGGAGAUUUCUGUGUUAGUCCAGAUGUCGAGGGUGCUAUAAUCAGCGGCAUGGCUGCGGCUUCCAAGCUGACCGAAUUGUUUAGCUGCUUGUAGUGAUCGUGGCAUCUUAAUUUGUGCAGAAUAGAAGGUGCAGCCGCUAAAGUAGUGUGUCGAGGGCAUGAUCUCUAUCCGGUCGGGUCGAUUUAGGGGAUCAACAGAAAUAAAAUAAUGCAUUUGUACGCAUCUUUACAUGUAUUACCAUAUAUAUAUUCGGUGUAAUGCCAAUCGAAGGAGCUACUUCAAUGGCAGUUCAAUAUCGCUGUACUGCAAUUAUGUAGGCAUUGCCAGAGUGUAAUCUGCAUCGACCCUUCUGUUCAUUAUCUGGAUUUUGCUAAUUGCUGCAAAUUACCACA